UCAUAACAAUAACAAGUUUGGUUUCAAUUAUUGUUAUUAUCUUAAUGGAACAAGUAAAGUGGAAAUAUUUCCAACCUCACCCGUCUCCAUCACCCUCCAUUAUAUAUAUCCUCCUUCUAUGUAAGAAACCUCCCAAACACAUCAAUCUCCAAUUUUUUUAAUAAAAGAUCCAUAUCUCUCUUACAACCAUCUAUUAAAAUCUCCUUUGUGUCAUAAAUCAGCAGAAAACACCUAAAAUCAGAGAAAAUGGGAGCAACCACAUUGACCCAUGUGAUGACCAUUAACCCUUAUAACACAAACAUUCAUGGACCGGUCGUAGACGAAGUGGAAGGCCUGAUUAAAGUUUACAAAGACGGCCACGUGGAACGAUCCGAACUCGUGCCGUGUGUGGGUCCCUCACUACCCCUGGAGCUCGGUGUAGCUUGCUCCGAUGUUUACAUAGACAAGUUGACCAACGUAUGGGCACGUCUCUAUGUCCCGAUGGAUACCAACUCUAAGCUUCCUUUGCUAGUCUACUUCCACGGUGGAGGUUUCUGCGUCGGCUCGGCUUCUUGGUCGUGUUACCACGAGUUCUUGGCCAGAUUGUCCGCUAGCUCACGUUGCAUGGUCAUGUCUGUAAAUUACCGUUUAGCCCCUGAGAACCCUCUCCCGGCAGCAUACGAAGAUGGCGUCAAUGUCAUUCAUUGGCUCAAGAAAAGAAGCAAUAGCUUGUGGGCCAAGCUAUGUGACUUGAGCAGAAUAUUCUUGGUCGGAGACAGCGCCGGUGGAAACAUAGCUCACCAUGUCGCCGCAAGAUUAGCAACAGAUGCGGAUGAUCUAAAGCCAUUGAGGAUAGAAGGAACCAUCCUGAUUCAGCCUUUCUUCGGCGGGGAGGCGCGUACGGAGAGUGAGAGGCGCGUGGAGAACAAUACUAAGAGCUCCAUACUUACACUGGCGGCGUCCGACGCGUGGUGGAGGCUGGCUUUGCCACGUGGCGAAAACAGGGAGCAUCCGUAUUGUAAACCGGUGAAGAAGAUGGUGACGAGGACGCUGGUGUGCGUGGCGGAGAUGGAUGUGCUGAUGGAUAGAGAGAUGGAGAUGUGCGAUGGUAACGAGGAAGUGAUCAAGCGCGUGGUGUAUACAGGCGUUGGUCACGCGUUUCACAUUCUGGGUAAGUCUCAGCUUGCUCAGACCACAACUGAUGAGAUGUUGUGCCACAUCGACUCUUUCAUUCACCACUAUGAUCCCCUUUAAAUUAGUUGUGUUUGUAUAACCCUUUUGCUUUCUUUUCAAUGCUGGCUUUUAUAUGUUUGUAACUUAAAUAAAUACUAUAAUGUUCAAAGCAGGUGUCUGUUUUAGGAUUAAUAUGAGUUUCGGUUUCGAUUAUUAAGAAAAAUAGUUUAAAUAGA